AGGCAGAAUGUAAAAUUGAUUCAAAGAACAUUUAAAUAUAAACACAAUGGCAGAAGAACCUUCCCUGGAUACAUCACCAGGUAUGACAGAAAUAGAGAGGAAAGUUGAGGAGCUGGAGGAACUGUUUAAAGACAGGUACACAGAGAAUGAUCAGGACUACAUGAAGACAGUAUCAACCCCAUUACCUGACCCACCAUGUAUCAAAAACUGGUUUGUCAGACAACAGAGAGGGAACUGGAACAGAGGAGGAGGAGGAGGAGGAGGAUAUAGGGGUUCUGGAGACAGACAAUAUGAUAAUCGUAAUAGAGGCAAUUACCAUGGUAACAGAGAUUCAGGGGACAGACGUUAUGAUGAUCGCAAUAGAGACAAUUACCAUGGCAACAGAGAUUCAGGAGACAGACGUUAUGAUGAUAGAAAUAGAGACAAUUACCAUGGUAAUAGAGGUGGUUACCAUGGCAACCAAGGACAAGAUCAUCAUUCACAUAGAGGUGGCCGCCAUCAAAGUAAUGAUAACUAUGGGAAUCGUGGGCGACAUGACCAGAGAUAUAAUCCUUAUUAACUUGUUGUCAGUGCCAUGUGAAUUUCACAUUUAUCCACCAUUUUGAAUAAUAGUGCUGUAAUGAAUCAUUUUGUAUACCAUCUCAUCUUGUCCAUAAAAAGCUUGUGUUCAGUUCAAAUGCAUAUACAUGUAGUUAGAUGUUGUUUUCUUUUUUAAGAAAUAAAUUUAAUGUUUUCUAAAUA